AUGGAGCAAAAGACCGCACGCACAGAAUCACCGUCAAGACAUUCCGCGCUUGCUACAAGUGCGCGCUUGCGAGGGUCCCUCGAAUGUCAAUAUCCGACCGAAAGACGCUCCAAAGCCAAAUUCCGAAAGGACGCAACACAGACUAUAUCUCAUGACGAACAGGAUCCGCUCUCUGGGCAUUCUUCACACACCUUCUCUGUGCAGGGUCCUGAAGCGCACCAGAACGGAAGAAAUGGGGAUCCUGUUGUCUCAUCUGGCUAUCAGGUCAGCCAGUUCCAGCUGCAAGUACCGAGAUCUCAAAAUCCUCCCCCGUCGUCUUCGGACGACAUCGAGAGGCUCGAAUUGAAUGUCCACUCACAAACUCUGUUGGAAAAUGGGGAAGAUUCGCAUCUCGCAGCGAGUCCAUCGCUCAUCCGCUCUGACGUUACUGCUGCCUCGGGGGCCAUGCCACCAACGUUUCCUUCGUUUUGCGGGAUAAAUGAACAACUUUACCCUCAUCCACCCCCGACUCAACUUCAGUCUAUACCGGUUGAGCAGAGGCGGUUCAGCUUUCCCCUUGGCGGUCGACAGCCCGAAAUAUCUGUGUCUGGUGCGGCCGUUUCUGGAAACCCCAGCUCGGAAAAUCAACAUAUGCACAUGAGUUUUUCACAGUCACUACUAACCCAACCCGGGGUUUCUACAAUAAAUUGGCUCUCUAGUGACUUGAUCUUUGAUUCGGUCUCUGACAAUGGUCUACCAUCUGUUUCUCUCCAACCGCCUUUACAGUCAGGUGUGUUUGAUAACUCAUUAAGUCAGACAACAUGGUUGCCUCCCGUCAUCAAUGCCGAACCCCACGGCUCUUCACUAUCAGGCAGUAUAUCACAAACGACACCGUCUGGGACGACCUCGUUUGGCGAUGUGGAAAGCCCAGGUAACUUUGUUCGAGGGCUGCGGCAAUCUUCACAGUCGGGACCAUCCAAGCGCCCGGCCGAGUACAGCGUCGACGAUCCCCUUGAGCGACCUAGCAAGCACAAACGAAAGCAGUCAUCUUGGCCUAUGCAGCCUUCAGAGUCUCUCGACAUCUUUUUGAAGAUCCAAAGUACCAAUGCAAAGCCGCGAUUCGCGUUUCCGCCACCUAAUGAAGUGCAACCCAGUAGUUUACCUGAUACCACAGUUGAUUGCAAUCUCGAAGCUUCGACAUACGACCGAAUACGGGAUGCAUUCACUCAAUUGUGCUGCACGGAGCACAUUUUAUACCCCAAGUUUGAAACGAACAACUUCCCGAGCGCACAAGCGCUGUCGAGAUUUCUUCACCACUAUUUCCGCUUCGCUCAUCCCUUAUGCCCGAUAAUUCAUACACCCACAUUCAACCCAAACAAAUGCCACUGGAUAGUCGCACUAGCACUGGCUGCAAUAGGCAGUCACUCUGCGAAUCACUGUGAGCAAAACGGAACGGCUACAGCUUUCCACGAAUUCCUUCGUCGGGCCCUUUGCGUGGAGAAAGAGAAACGGCAAUCUGAACCUCUGCCCCUUUGGUUCAUUCAGGCAAUGCUCUUAAACUGCAUUGGCAGACUCCAUGGGAACAAUGAGAGCGGCAAGCUUUCCGCACUUGGCGACUUUGGCGAUCUCAUCAACCUUGCAACUCGCGAGAGGCUGCUAUCUCGCUUAGACUAUUCAGAUAUGCCGAAAGAUCAACCGUCGUCAGAACAUGAAUGGUCUCUAUGGGUUGAAGAAGAGGCUCGAAGACGGACCGGGUAUUUGAUCUGGCUUGUAGAUUGUACAGCGGCAUACGAGUAUGAUACGAAGCCCUAUUUUUCCCUCGAUGAUGGCCAAGCACCCCUUCCAUGCAAUGAAAAGAUCUGGCACGCAACCUCGUCUCGUAUAUGGAAAGGACUUCGCGAGGAAACUUCAGAACAGGAUAAAAUAUCCCUUUAUGACGCUGUACUCAUCCUAUACAUUGAGAAAAGGCUUGUUUCCGGAAUUGGAGAGCUCAGUCAUAUACUGCUCAUACAUGCUCUAUAUCAUCGGAUGUGGGAGGUGGGUGAUUAUUUCCGCCGCCCGCUCUCAUUCUGGAACCCGACUGCGAAGAAGCAGUCCCGAAAAUUGGCAAUACCAUCAGGCUCGGUCUGGCUGCCGGGGAUUCCGUCGUACUCCAAAUGGCGCAACAGCGCAUGUGACUGUUUGGAUAUCCUCCAUUGGACUGCCAAUGGUACUAUAGCCAAGGCAAACGGCCACGAACAUCCCACUAUCCUACACCUUCAUACAGCUCGCAUUAUCCUGCUCGCGCCAUUUCGUGAGAUUCGACUCCUAGUGAACCUCCUAGCAACACAGAAGGUGAAUUGGGAGGACCGCCAGCAGGUCAUAGAGUGGCAUUACGUGCUGCGCUGGAUCAAGCAUGAUCAAUACAAAGCCCGUCUGGCAGUCAUCCAUGCCGGGUCGGUGUUGUAUCAUGUCCGCAAGUUCUCCACCAAGGCAUUCCAUGAGCCGGUCGCCACCUAUCUUGCAAUCCUCACUCUCUGGGCAUAUGGCUUGUGCUACAAGCAAGCAUCUCCCGAGCUUACGGCUGCUCAGCGGGACUCGUCCACCGGGCCUAGCACUAUCAACCUUGAUCAGCCGUGCUCUGACGAGCUGGUGCAAUCUUUCGUUCGCGAGGGGCAAAGGAUGAAGGGUAUGUUGACUAAUGUAGGGGAUAUUUGCGCACCACAUGGGCCCGAGCAGAUACUUCGAGCUGGCUGCGAAACACUUUCCAGUCUGCAUUCCUGGGGCAUCGCGAAGGAGUUCAUGGUGACGCUGAUGAGGCUCGUUGAAUUUGUAUGA